AUGUUGUUGCAGUACCUUCUUGUUCACACUUCGGUGUUCUCUGGAGCUCUGGCCGCUUCAUUGAGCCAUGUACUCCAUGAGAAGCGAGAAAUCCCUUUGCCAGAAAUAAAACAGCGCAUUGAUGGCGAUUCAGUCAUCCCUGUUCGCAUUGGUUUGCGACAGAGCAAUCUGCACACCGGCUAUGAAAGACUGAUGGACGUCUCUCAUCCAUCGUCUGAAAACUACGGAAAGCAUCUUACCAAAGAGGAAGUUCAUUCCAUUUUUGCUCCUGCUGACGAGACUGUGGACGCCGUCAAGAACUGGCUCCUCGGCUCCGGUCUUUUCGGCGAUGAUGAAAUCAUGCAUUAUGAGAACAAAGGAUGGCUUGCAAUCGACAUGCCUGCUAGGCAUGCUGAGAAAUUGCUAGGUACUCACUUCUAUGAGCUGGAGAGUCCCAACGGCAAUGUCCGAAUCGGAUGUGAGGAAUAUUAUCUUCCUGCUCACAUUUCCGAACAUGUGGACUACAUCAAGCCCGGAGUUAAACUUUCUGCGCCUAUGAAAAAGCGACAGAUAAACCAGAAGCGCAGCGUAUCCGCUGCAUCUCACCCAGGUUAUCCCCAUGUGCCUCACGUAAAACCACCACAUUAUCCCGGUUGGGCCCUUCCACCAGCAGCGCACGGACUACCUCCUGCUCUUCAGAACUGUGGUGUCAACAUCACUCCCACUUGCAUUAAGGCUCUGUACGAUCUUCCCACCGCAAAAUACAGUCAACCAGAAAAUGCCAUGGGUCUCUAUGAAAGUUAUGAUGCGUUUUCGCAGGAAGACAUCACUCUCUUCUUUCAGAACUUCGCCACCAAUGUUCCUGCUGGCACAAAGCCAAAGGUGAUCUCCGUUGAUGGAGGCACUGCACCGGUUGCGCCAUCUGACGAGCGCAACGGCGGAGAGUCUGAUAUUGAUCUCGAUCUCGCCAUUUCCCUGAUUUACCCCCAAUCGGUCACGGUUUAUGAAGUGGACGAUCUGCCAAACUCAUCUGGCGAGACGGGAACAGCUGGAUUUCUCAACACUUUCCUUGACAGUGUGGAUGGAAGCUACUGCAACUAUUCUGCUUAUGGUAUUACCGGCGACAGCCCGGGAAUUGAUGCAUCUUACCCCGAUUCUCUCGCGGGUGGCUACACAGGCCAAAGGGAAUGUGGCACGUACAAUCUCACUCGAGUUGUUUCCAUUUCCUACGGUGAGGCAGAGGUCUAUUUCCCCAAAGCAUAUGUGGAGAGGCAAUGCCAAGAAAUCUUGAAAUUAGGCCUUCAGGGUCAUACUAUUCUGGUUGCUAGUGGUGACUACGGUGUAGCUAGCUUCCCUGGCAGCAAUGAUAAUGAAUUCGGCUGUCUCAGUUCUACCACUCAGAACGGAACCAUCUACAACCCCGACUAUCCGUCUGGAUGUCCCUACAUUACUGCCGUCGGUGCUACAAGAUUGUACCCAAAUGAAACCGUCUACGACGCCGAGUCAGCUAUGCAAGUCAACUUGACUGCAUUCAACAUCGCCACUGGAGCCGGCCCUACCUCCCCGCCAUACGACUUCUUUGCGACCGGUGGUGGUUUCUCUAACUUCUUCGAACCAGCGUCUUUCCAGGCCGAGGCGGUCGCCGAAUAUCUCAAGAAGGACCUGCCUUACCAGAAACUACCCUACUAUAACAUCAACAAUGAUGCCACUAACAUCGGCGAAAAUGGGGGUGUCUACAACCGCAAAGGCCGUGGAUACCCAGAUGUCUCUGCGAACGGUGCCUUCUUGCUCACAUUUGUGAAUGAAACUGAAGGCACUUUCUUUGGCACCUCUCUAGCGUCGCCUAUCUUUGGUGCUGUAGUCACUCUGCUUAAUGAAGAGCGUACUGCUGUGGGCAAGGGGCCGAUUGGAUUUAUUAAUCCUGCCUUGUAUGCUAAUCCCUGGGUCCUGAACGACAUUACCAACGGUUCGAACCCCAAUUGCGGCUCGGGGGGCUUCCAAGCAUCCGAAGGAUGGGACCCCGUAACAGGUCUUGGAACACCCAACUAUCCUCGCAUGUUGGAGUACUUCCUCAGUUUACCAUAG